AUGUCAGAACAUUAUCGCGGUUAUAAUUCUAUUCGCUCUUAUUUAAAACUUCGUGGUGAAGACAGUUCAUUUAAUGAAUUUGUAAAUCUUUACCAAGAAAUGAUCUUAGAAUCUCCACCAGAUUCUGCUGAAAACUGGGUUGGUUUGGAGGUUGCCUGGAAAACUAGGUUCCUUAAUGCCGUUAGGGAAACCAUCCCAGUACAUCAUGAAGGAAUACGUGAAAAGGUGAGAUUAGAAGUUUCAAAUAAGCAAUUAAUGACUUAUUGGCAAGCUAUCCUCACUGAAAAACAGAAUUCAACAUCAAGUACAUCAAGUAACCUUUCUCACAUUCAAAAAGAUGAUUUAUCAACCUCUGUCAGUGAAACAUUAAAUAUCUUUAAAAAAGUCCAAUUCCCCACAUAUUACAAUAAACUUAAAGAAAUAUGGUAUGAUGAAGAUCCUUCAUCCAAUUAUUACGUAAUUGACUUUGGAAACAGAGACAUAUUAGAAAAAGUACACAAUUUAUUAAACAAUACUGAAUUACAAUCAUUAUUCGAAAGAUUGAAGCUAGAUGAUGAAGAAAAAUAUUUAAGUCAAAAGGCACACGAUUAUUUGUCAUUAUUUGACAAAAUUUUAAAAGCUAAAGAUGAAGAAUCAGAAGAGGAAGAGGAAAAUGAUGAAUCGGAAGAGGAAGUGGAAAAUAUUGAAUCAAUAGAUAAAUUUGUUGCCGAAAUGGAAAAAACAUUCCAUUCUCUAAAUGGUGUGGCCACAAAAUUUAGAUACCUGUCAAACACUCUUCCACUUCCAGUUCUAGAAUACGAUCAAUCCCAAAAUAUUGAUAUUCAUAUUAUUAAGAGCAUUUCAAGCCACAUUGAUAGUUACUCUAAAAUGAAUGGUAUAUUGGAAAAUACAACAGAACGAUCUUGGACGGCACAUGGCAGAUGGGGUUGCAGAACUUUUAAACGACCUAAUCAAAUCCCAAUGUUUUUAUUGGAAGUUUCUGGGGAUCCUAGUAAUGAUGACAUCGAUAAACUUGCCAAUGAUAAGAAAAAAUUGAUUAAAGAAGGCGUUUUCGCCCUAAACAAAUUCAUGACAAAAACAAGGCUUCCGUCAUGGGAAGUAUGUAAAGAUUUAAAGAUUUUCCUGGCACAAGGAUAUAGCGACAAACUUGAAAUUGGUCAAAUUAUUUAUAUUGGACCUAAGUUGUACUUAUUUGCUCCAUUUACGGUCCCAAGUAUAAUUAUCCCAACUUCCACUGCUAAUUUGAGUUAUACAUCUCGAUUAAUUCGAACAUUAUUAUGUUUGAGAUUUAACAUUAUUAAAAAAAUACGAGAGUAUAAAGAAUUUGAGAUAAAAGCGCAACAGCUAACCAUGAAUCCAGGAAAUAAAUAUGUCACUGGGGCAUCUCCAGGUCGAACUAAAACUGUGGUAUUUGAAGAAUUUUUACCCAAGAUUUCAAGAGAUGAUACAAGAGAUGAUACAAAAAGAAAAAGAGGAAGACCUCGAGGUAGAGGGAAAAGAAAAACAAAUGAAUAA